AGGAGGAGGCGCGGAGGCAGCCGGCCGCUACCAACCCACCCCCCACCCGCCCCCCUCCGGCUUCAGCCGCCGGCCGGCAAGCGGAGCAGAGCGGGCCCGGGCUGCUCCUCUCCCAAGAUGGCAUUUCAGAAGGCGGUGAAAGGAGCGGCUCUGAUUGGCGGCGGCGCCAUGGCAACGGUUUUUGGCCUCUCGCAGUUCGCUCAGUAUAGAAACCAACACGGUCACUUUGUGAAUGUGCAAGCUGCAGAAGCUGUGCCAGUCCCCUUAAAGGACCAUUUCCCCACAAGAGAAGAGCAGAUCCAGACUCUGAAGACCACAAGUGAAUUCGAUGUCCUCAUCAUAGGUGGAGGAGCCACAGGAUGUGGCUGUGCUUUAGAUGCUGUCACUAGAGGACUGAAAACAGCCCUUCUAGAAAGAGAUGAUUUCUCAUCAGGGACCAGCAGCAGAAGUACUAAAUUGAUCCAUGGUGGAGUGAGGUAUCUUCAGAAGGCCAUCAUGCACUUGGAUCUUGAGCAGUACAGGAUGGUGAAGGAAGCGCUGGAGGAGCGUGCAAACCUGCUGGAAAUUGCUCCUCACCUCUCAGCUCCUCUGCCAAUAAUGCUCCCUGUGUACAAAUGGUGGCAGCUGCCCUACUACUGGUUUGGAAUAAAACUCUAUGACCUGGUGGCAGGAAGCCAGUGCCUGAAAAGUAGUUAUGUCCUCAGCAAGUCCAGAGCCUUGGAGCUCUUCCCAAUGCUACGCAAAGAUGAUCUGGUUGGAGCCAUUGUCUACUACGAUGGACAGCACAACGACGCGCGGAUGAACCUCGCCAUCGCCCUGACCGCUGCCAGGUACGGCGCUGCCAUGGCCAAUUACGCUGAAGUGCUGCGCCUGCUGAAGGGCAGGGACCCGGCCAGCGGCAAGGAGCGCGUCUGCGGGGUGCGCUGCAGGGACGUCCUCACAGGGCAGGAGUUUGAUGUCAAAGCCAAGUGUGUCAUCAAUGCUACGGGACCCUUCACCGACUCGGUGCGCAAAAUGGAUGAUCAGCAGCUCCCCAACAUCUGUCAGCCCAGCGCUGGCGUGCACAUUGUGAUGCCUGGCUACUACAGCCCUGAUAACAUGGGUCUGCUGGACCCAGCCACCAGCGAUGGCCGAGUGAUUUUCUUCUUGCCCUGGGAGAAGAUGACGAUUGCAGGAACCACAGACAGCCCAACUGAUGUCACCUCCCAUCCCAUCCCCACAGAAGAGGACAUCAACUUCAUCCUCAACGAAGUGCGAAACUACCUUAGUGUGGAUGUUGAAGUGAGAAGAGGUGAUGUGUUGGCAGCAUGGAGUGGCAUUCGUCCCCUGGUCACAGACCCCAACUCCAAGGACACGCAGUCCAUCUCCCGCAACCACGUUGUUAACAUCAGUGAGAGCGGCCUGGUCACCAUCGCAGGUGGGAAGUGGACAACCUACCGUGCCAUGGCCCAGGACGCCAUCGAUGCAGCUGUUCAGGCACACGGUCUGAAGGCAGGUUCCAGUAAGACCAUUGGACUGCAGCUACUAGGGGCUGAGGACUGGAGUCCCACCCUCUACAUUAGGUUGGUCCAAGACUAUGGACUUGAAAGUGAGGUGGCUCAGCAUCUGGCUUCAACCUAUGGUGACAAGGCUUUUGAGGUGGCCAAGAUAGCCCAGGUGACCGGGAAGAGAUGGCCCAUCGUCGGGAAACGGCUUGUGUCGGAAUUUCCUUACAUUGAAGCUGAGGUGGUGUAUGGUGUGAAGGAGUACGCCCGCACCGUGGUGGACAUCAUCUCCCGCCGCACUCGCCUGGCCUUUCUCAACGUGCAGGCUGCAGAGGAGGCCCUGCCAAGGAUUGUGGAGAUCAUGGGCAAAGAACUGAACUGGAGUGAGCAGAAAAAAAAGGAAGAGCUUGAAGCUGCUAAAAGAUUUCUCUAUUUUGAAAUGGGCUACAAAGUGAAAUCAGAUCAAUUGGCAAACAGCUCUGAAAUCAGCCUCCUGCCUUCAGAUAUUGAAAGGUACAAGAAGCGCUUCCACAUGUUUGACAAGGAGAAUAAAGGCUUCAUCACCAUCCUGGACGUGCAGCGUGUCCUGGAGAGCAUCAGCAUGCAGAUUGAUGAGAACACCCUUCAUGAAAUCCUCAACGAGGUGGAUCUGAACAAAAAUGGGCAGGUGGAGCUCAACGAGUUCCUGCAGCUGAUGAGUGCCAUCCAGAAGGGCCACGUCUCGGGCAGCCGGCUGGCCGUGCUGAUGAAGACCGCCGAGGAGAACCUGCGGCAGCGCUCGGUCAUCCCGGUGGACCGCAGCGGUGGGGGCCUGUGAGCUUCGGCCUCCCCCACGCCUGCUGGCAAGUCCAACAACCACCAGGUCUGCUCUGCUGUGAGUCCAGCCCCCCACCAGGCCUGCUCACAGCCACAAACAUUCCAGUUCUUCUGACUCUCCUGGCUUGUCCCAGAUAAGUGGUGUCCAUCUGUUGGUGUAGCUCCUACAACGGCACGUUUGGGUGCGUUUUGUUCUCCUUUGUCAGUGGUUUUCUGUGCAGCUCUUUACUGCUCCAGCAUGUGGCCUUUUGGCUUGGGUGCUCUCCAGACGUUGGGGUUGGUUGACAAGAGUGUGGGGGGCACAGCCUAGAGGGACUUGGGGGCACUCAGAAGGACCUGGAGACACACACGAGGACCAUGCUGCCUUCUUCGUCGACUGUUCUAUCACCUUUGACAAACGAGAUGCUCAGAAGCGAGCCCUGCCUGCCUUGAGGUGUCUUCUGGUUUUGCAAAGAUCUGUUUAGUGUUUCAAAGCUGCUGGUUUGCCCCCUGCAGUGAAGAGAAGGAAAGCUGACCCUUCAGGGUUGGAGAUGGCACCAGGGAAGGAACCAACCUGAUGCCUCCUGAGACAGCGAUUGCAGCGAGGAGCUGUCCGCAGCCUUCCAGAGGUGAUUUUGGGUUUGCUCUGUUGACUGCUCUCUUAUUUUUGUGGCACCAAACUCAGCAGCAGCAUGAAGCUGGAAGAGGACAGGACAUCUUGAUUAAUCACCCCAGCUAAUUACUUAGCCAAGAGCCAGGGGACAGCUGCUUCUUCUCCUAGCUGAAUCAAACCCAGCUUCCUUCACUAAACAGCCUUGGCUUAGCGGUGAGGUUUUAUGCCAUCCAACUUCACCCUGCUUCCAGCUGGGAGAAGUGGGAUGUGGGCAGGUUUUAGAUGGCAAAAAGUCUUAAUUUAGCUCAAAAUGUUUAGCCAGGCAGGUUAGUGGGGGGGGGGAAUUAAUAAUUAGUGAUAAAAUAAUAAUAAUUAGGACCUUAGGACCAGUCACUUGGGAUGUUCUCUCAGCAGCUUUGUGUCCUCUUUGUCUUCCUGCUGCAGUUUGGACAUCAGCUGGGAGGUUUCUGGCCAGGAAUGGGCACCUUGAGAAGGGUUUGGUGAUGAAUUUGUUGGUCUGUUCAGGUGGGGUUUAUUUUUGAGUAGCAAUCCCAAACAGUAACCCAAAGGAAGCUUCAGUUCCAAGGAGCCACAUUUUCUACCUGGUAAAAUCUAAUCUGUUUUAACUGGUGCCAGUUUCUACCUGGGUAAAACCUGGUUUAUUUUAACUGGUGCCAGUUUCCACUUGGGUAAAACCUGGUUUAUUUUAACUGGUGCCAGUUUCUACCUGGGUAAAACCUGGUUUAUUUUAACUGGUGCCAGUUUCCACUUGGGUAAAACCUGGUUUAUUUUAACUGGUGCCACUUUCUACCUGAGUAAAACUUGGUUUAUUUUAACUGGUGCCAGUUUCUACUUGGUUCAUUUUAACUGGUGCCAGUUUCUACCUGGGUAAAACUUGGUUUAUUUUAACUGGUGCCAGUUUAUGUCUGGGUAAGAUCAGCCCCUGUGUCAGUUGUGGCUCUGCAGCUCCUCUGCCAGGCUUUUGGCUAUGCAGCUCC